UGGGCUGACAGGUUCGCUGACCUCUUCUCCUUCUGCAGGAGCAGCUACGAGGUGUGCAAGGAAACAGCAGAUUGGAUACGAGCCCGCAUUGCUCAGCACCCGAAGACGGCGAUCAUCUGCGGGUCUGGGCUGGGCGAUCUGGCUGAUGUGCUCGAGAAGAAGGCAGUCUUUCCGUACGAGGACAUCCCCCACUUCCCACGGAGCACAGUCGCAGGGCACGCGGGCAGGCUGGUGUUCGGGGAGCUGAGCGGGCAGCCGUGCGUGUGCAUGCAGGGGCGCUUCCACUGCUACGAGGGGUACUCCGGCAGCACGGUCACCUUCCCCAUCAGGGUCUUCUCCCUCCUGGGGGUGGAGGUCCUGAUUACCACAAAUGCUGCCGGGGGACUGAAUCACCACUUCCAGGUGGGGGACAUCAUGUUCAUCAGGGACCACAUCAGCAUGUUUGGCUUGGGAGGGCAGAACCCACUGCAUGGGCCAAACGAUGAGAGGCUCGGCGUGAGGUUUCCCUGCAUGUCUGAUGCUUACGACCCAGAUCUGCUCAGCCUGGCGAUGGAGAGCGCGCAGGAGCUGGGCUUCCAGAGCUUCGUCCACACAGGGGUGUACUGCAUGCUGGCUGGUCCCUCCUACGAAACCAUCGCCGAGAGCCGCAUGCUGCAGGCCCUGGGGGCAGAUGCUGUGGGCAUGAGCACCGUCCCAGAAGUCAUCGUCGCAAGGCACUGUGGCCUGCGCGUCCUCGGGCUGUCCCUCAUCACCAACAGAGCAGCGACGAGCUACAGCAGCCCCGAGGAGGCCUGCCACGAGGCCGCCAGCCAUGAGGCCGUGCUGCGCGUCUCGGUGGCACGGGCCAAGGCCUUGCGCAGGCUGCUGGCGCGCCUCACCGCCCGCCUGGGGGAGAGCCCCCGAGCCCCCCGACCGCAGCCAUUGACCUUCAUAUAACAGCACGGGGACCCCAGAGAGUGCUGGGGUGAGGUUGUGCCCUCCUGCUGUCGUGGUUGUGGAUAUACCGGGGGUCUUGUCCCCGUGCUUCAGCCAGGGUUUGCUUCAAAAUUUGCUGUGAUGGCCGCUUGGUAGCAGCCAGCUGUCCUCUUGGCCAAGGAAGGCCACAGCAGCAUUCUGGCACUAAACAGCCCCCGACGACCCCUGGCAGAUCCCCAGAGCCAUGAGAAACAGGCACGGGGCUCGGUGUCUGCUGGGGAUGCCUGGUUAGGGCCUGCUCCAAAGCCCCUGGAAGCCCACAAAUCUGGAAGCCCAAAAUCUGAGCUCCUGCAGCACCGGCGGUUUGUGGUGUUGGCUGAGGUGACGUUACAGCCAGCUUCACCUGCUCCCUUUCUGGGAUUGUUCCAGCCCCUGCUUGUCACAGGGCAGAGGGUGGCCAGGUAAUUUCCCAAAUUCUGCAUGGUGCUGGCCCUUCCCGAGCCAGGUGGAGUCCCCAAAUAGCCUGGCACCAGGCACCAGGACCGGCCUGGGGGUGGCUGGAGGGGCUCCUCUGCCCAGGCAGGGCCCCCAGCCCCUCCAGAAGGGGCUUUUGGGGUGAAAGCUCAUGCAUGAUCACAGCCUGUUGGACUGCAACAGUGCGUGGGGAGGAAACGGGGAGGAAAUAAAGCUUGUUCUUACUUGGCACCUGCAUAUGUGCUUUGCCUUCAAGUUAUCAAAACUCCUUCAGAUGUUUCUCUUUACCAAAAAUCUGCAUUUGAACUAAGGGGGCUCUGGUGUGUUUUUCCCCAAAACUUAGGUCUUCUUGACAAAGACUUGAUGCUCUCGUUCCCAUCCUCUCACCUCUCUCAGUGGCAAAACUUCAAAGGGAGGAGGAAGGAAAAGCAAGGGGUUAGAAAGAGGAAUCAU